GCCUCACAUCCUGAACCUCUCUGUGGUGGAGAUGCCCUGUGGCUCAGACAGCGCCCCCCGGAGGCUGCAGUGUCAAGCUGAAGGUAACCCGCUGCCUAAGAUUGCGUGGCUGUUGGCCUCCAGACGCAUGUUAGAGAACAAGGGUGAGUCCUCACAGUCCAGCCCGUACCAUGUGACCAGCUGUGUGCCGUACCUGGAGGAGGAGGAGCUCACCUGCAGGGCGGAGGGUGCACUAAACCACACGGAGAGGACGUAUCGAACCAGAGAGCCUCAGGAUCAGAGUGAAGAGAGUGAAGAGAGUGAAGAGAGUGAAGAGAGCGACUCUCUGAAGAUCUCUCUGAUCGUGCGUGGUGUCAUCACUCUCCUGAUCCUGAUCGCAGGAAUCGUCUUUUACUGCCUGAGAAACAGUUGUCAGCAGCAGGUCUCAGACUCCGCAGCAGGAAAUCCUCAGACAGUUCAUUCAGCCGGCGCCAUGUCCAACUCCACUUCCCCUCCAGAAACCAACGAGGAAGCAGGUGAGUGAGGAGCUGACAGCUGACAGAGCGACCAGGUGAGACUGUAAAAAUGCUCUGAGUGUGCACACAUAAACAACACAGCAAGGUAACAGCUGGUUUCACACCUGCCUCGUCUUCCUCACCUGAGCUGUUACUAAUGGAAACAGCAGAACCUCCACAUUCCUGAUGCUCGCAUCAUUUGAUAAUCAUGCUGUGACAGAUGAUAUCUUUAUUUUGGUCAGGCUAAACGUGUCUCAUUUUUGCUCCUUCGUUAUUCUGACGAAAUAAGAAAUGAUCUGAAUCUGCGCCAAUGAAAACCAAAAAUAUGACUGUACAGUAUAAAAGGCAUCAAAGUCACUUUCAGCUCUGCAGUACCAUGAUAUUGAUAUUGUCAUCUGAUAAUGGCUUUAAUGGCUGAACUCUUCAUUUCGUUUCAGGGUCAUGUACCAUCUGAGGAACUCCAGGUGUGGAAAAACAUCAGUCAGAAAACAUUGUCCUGAAAAAUACUGAGCAUGAAGUCUGAAUAACACGUGUGUUUGUUCUCAGGAACAACCCAGUGAGACGAGGCCCGGCUGUUUUUCCCAAGAGCCUGAAGACUUUUAAUGAUUUACUGUCCACAGAAGUACAGCAGCUUUGUAAAGCCAGUCUUCUCUUCUUUUCCAUUUAAGCUUUGUCUUCAGCACAAACAGCAACAGAGUUCCUGACAUGUAUAAGCACAAUUAAGAUAUUCAGUCACAUUGUUUUUACUGAGCUACUGCACAAACCAUUACAUCAUUCCUUUAUUCUGCUGUGUUUUAAGGAGAGAUUGAUUUUGUUUCCAGUGUUGUGGAGAAAACUUGUAAUGAAGACAGAAAAAAUAAACAUUCAAACACAGUCUGUGAUUGGUCAGACGACACAAACUCACCAGUGUGGUGAGUUUUAUUGUAAAACUUGUCAGCGAAUGACUCAAUUAAAAAUCAUUAAAUCUGUUUUAACAUGUGAAGCUCGACUCGUGUUGUUUUGUUUCUACAAUCACAUCCAAACACAACAAUAACACUCACAGCUGACAUGUUUUAAAUUGAAAACGUUUGUUUUUUUCUGAAACCC